AUGAACGAAAAUUUAUUCUCCUCUUUCGCUACCCCAACACUAAUAGGGCUCCCUAUUGUAGCCUUAAUUAUCAUAUUCCCAACUUUACUAUUUCCCUCCCCUAGCCGACUAAUUAACAACCGACUAGUCUCAACCCAACAAUGAUUAGCCCAACUUAUCUUAAAGCAAAUAAUAUUAAUACAUUCCCCCAAAGGACGAACCUGAUCUCUAAUACUAAUUUCCCUAAUCAUAUUUAUUGGCUCAACCAACCUCCUAGGCCUCCUGCCUCACUCAUUCACACCAACAACUCAAUUAUCAAUAAAUUUAGGGAUAGCAAUCCCCCUAUGAGCAGGAGCCGUAAUCACCGGGUUUCGAUACAAAACUAAGGCGUCACUAGCCCAUUUCCUCCCACAAGGAACCCCUAUUCCUCUUAUUCCUAUGCUAAUUGUUAUUGAAACUAUUAGUCUCUUCAUUCAACCUAUAGCCCUAGCCGUACGGCUUACAGCCAAUAUCACAGCAGGCCACCUUCUCAUACAUCUUAUUGGAGGCGCUGCACUAGCUUUAGUCUCAAUUAGUCCAACAACAGCCCUAAUUACCUUUAUUAUCCUUAUUCUACUAACAAUUCUAGAAUUCGCCGUAGCCUUGAUCCAAGCUUACGUCUUUACUCUCCUUGUAAGCCUAUACCUACAUGACAAUACCUA